AUGGCGAGUACUGGACCUGAUUAUUUGUUGUUUCUCGAUAUUCAGCGACUAUUUGGGGAUCGGGGUGCUUCUGAAGUCUUCCGUCUCGCGUGGCUGGUUGGUGAUCGGCGCGCACGCGUUCUCGAUGCCAAGCAGCUGUACGUGCGACCGGUCUCAGCUGCACUACGUCAGCGUCUGCGAUCGCUCUUGCAGCCUUCGGAUGCCGGGGCGGAGCGUAUUGUAGAGGCACUCGAGGCGGAGAGUGACAGGCGAGGCGUAUAUCCUGUACUCAUCAGUAACGAUAUUGCAGUCAUGUAUAACUUAGUCGAUGCAAUCGAGGAGCUGGCCGCUUAUUCGCGUCAAGCUUUUGUACAGUAUGAUCGUCGAUUUGGGACCGUGGUCGCUAGCAAGGGAAUUCUGAUGCAGCUUGUACACGACUUGGAACAGCAGCUGCUCCAACAGGCGGCAGUAGGACCCGAAUCCGAGACGGUCAUUCGGAACUCGCUCGAUUUGGUAUUAGGGGACUACUACAUAUGUCCAGUGCGCAGCGCCGUCGGUGCAGAUGCGUUUGCAGCCUGCCGAGAAAUGCAUACACGAUUCGCCCAAGACGGAGGCAUGUUUAUCCCGGAACACUUUUCUUGGAAUAGUGGACUCAUGCGAUCGAUGCCGCGAAACGGAUACGCCUCGGGUACAUUGCCAUACAUUGGAGCGGAUAUGAUGGUGGGUGGCAGCUCAUGGCCCGGAGCAUUCAUGCCUGCACAAAGCGUGGCCAUGGGCAUUCCUGCGCAAAUGCCACCCGUGAGGAGCCACCGAGAUGCGCUUGGCAUCGGAACGCCAUUUGCCGGUGGCGAAUUGCUGGGGACAGCAAGUACCGCUCGAGCACCACAGUCAGUGGUUAUCCCGUCCUCGACCGCUAGUGCGGCAAGCACUGUAGCACCGGCAACACCGGUAGGCAGCGUCGUGCGCCUACGAGGCUUGCCAUGGUCUGCGACUACGCGUGACGUUGCUGAAUGGAUUCGACAGCCGCCCGCGAAGGCCACGAUGGGUGCAGACUCGUCCUUAUUGGAGGAUUUCAUUCGCCGCCCGCUGCAGGUUCUCCCCGGAGGCAUUGUGUUCGUCUACAAUCACCAGGGGCGCAAAACUGGCGAGGUCUUCGUUCAGUUUGCCUCUCCAGAAGAUGCCUCACGAUGCCUCCACAAGCACGAGGAUCGCAUGGGCCAUCGCUAUAUUGAAGUUUUCCUGUCAUCACACCAGGACAUGUGGAAUCUACUCAGCCGCUACGAGGCAAAAAGGGCCGCCCUCGGUCUAGGAGCAGCCGGGAGCCCCGCAGCAACCAGUGGGGCACAAGUACGAAACGGUAACCGCACGGAUCGUGAGCUGGGGUUGAGCCCAGCUAACGUAUCCCAGCAAGCGAGCGCGGUAGCGAUGGGUGUCCCGCUUCGUCAACCAGGCGACUGGACGCCAAGUUCGGCGACAUUCCGGCCCGAGAUGGUGUCGCACACACCACCGGAAGGGCUUGCGCCUGUCGUCCAGGCUGGAACUUCAGCAUCUACUCGUGAAGGCCCCAUGGACCUGAUGUCGGCGACACAGUCUCCUUGUCUGCGUCUUUCGGGAGUCGAUGCCACCGUCACAGAGCGUGACGUGCAUCGUUUCAUAGCCCCGUUCCAGCUGGAUACCAGCCAAGGUGCAAGCAUACUCGCUUGCUUCGCUGAUCAUGGGGUCAGAGUGCCUCCGGGGACCACAAUCCCUCCGGUCUUCACGGUGCGCAACAGCACCGGUCAACCGAGUGGUGAAUUCACCCUCGUUUUUCAAAACGUAUCGGAGCGAGAUCGAGCCCUUUGCAAGUCGGGGCAAUUGCUGGGAUCCCGUCCAGUCAAACUCUCCAGCAUUUCUUGUUUCGAACUCGCUGCCGCCUUGGGUAUACUUGGAAUCACUAGAGCUGGGGUGUAA